AUGGCCGCCGAAGUCCUCCCUGACCAUCGAGCACUGAGAGAAGCUUUUGACUGCGAGAUCUUCUCCUCCUCGGGCACUCCGCUUCGAUUUGGCUCCCUCUUCUACGACUGCGACGUCUACCCGGCCGAGAAACGAGUCCUUGUCGUCUUUAUUAGGCAUUUUUUCUGUGGGAAUUGUCAGGAAUAUGUGCGCAGACUGUCGUCGAUGGAAUCGCCAUUCCAUCCUUCUCAGAAAUCACUCCAAUCCUCCACAUCAAUAGCCUCAAUGACGAACUUCUCCAAGCCAGCUUCUCGUACCCUUCCUACAGUCAUAAUCAUUGGCCCCGGCCAGCCUACUCUGAUUGCUUCCUACAAGAGCCUGGCGCAGUGUCCUUUUGACAUUUACGCGAACCCCUCAACGCGGCUGUACGAGCUCUUGGGAAUGCAUCGCACACUAUCCCUUGGUCACAGAGCCCCCGACUACAUUGAGCAGUCCCUCUUCAACGGCGCCCUGAAAUCUGCUUGGCAAAUUGUCCGCCGUGUGGGCAAUGGGGAUGCCAUGAGCGGAGGAAAUUGGGACGUCAAUGGUGGCGAGUUCCUUUUCACUAGGUCAGCGAGUGGCACACCCUUGAUGAGUUCGAAAUCUAGUUCGCCUACAAGGUCAGGAUCUAGGAGUAGUCAAUCCCGAGAAUGGCAAGUUUCAUGGUGUCAUCGAAUGCUCAACUCCAGGGACCACACCGAAAUUGUGAACUUGCAAUAUCACGCCUGUCUUCCAGAGCUGCCAUCUCGAGCACACUCGCGCGCCACCUCUCCCACACCACUGAAGUCAAUCUUGAUCAAUGGCGGCAGAGCACAUUCUAAAACUCCCUCACGAAGCUACUCUACUGAGCGUCUAGGUUCUUGCCCAGGUCCUGAUAUCCCCAAAUCUCGGGAAGAGGUUCUCUCAAGCCAGCGUUUCAUUGGUUUGCACUCUAGGGGGCAUUCCAAAUCCAUAUCUCAUCAUCAACGCCGGUCGCGAAGCACGAGCGUCGGUUCCCAAACGAACAGCAGUGCAAAGCAGAAUCACGAAAGAGUCUGGUCAGGUAUCAGCAACGCAAGUGCGUCGUGUUUGGAAUUGCAACCGACAGCGUCUUAUCAUGGGGUAGCCAGUCCUAUAUCCGGGAUCGAAGAAGAUAACCUGAAGCCACGAAAGAGCUUCUCAGCUACGGUUGCGGAGAGAGUGAGCUUCGGAGCGCUCCUAGGGCGGUCGAGGUCGUUUUCGAGCCCCCCAAGGACUGGUUCUGCCUUGUCUAUGUUCGAGGCUGGAGAAGCUGUAUAUGCCACUCCAUCUCGCCCAAUCAGCAGGGCGAGUACCUUGAAAUCAACGUUGAAAUCAACAGCAACUCCCUUUUCGCUUUGCACAGAAACCGGAUCCAAGCGAAAGCUUAAAGACGCUAAGCUGUCCUUGUCCAAUACAGCCUCUCCCCUUUCCGACCCUUCCAUGGCAAAAUCUCAACCAAAGCAUAUGCGAUCGAGAACAUUCUCCUUCUCCCGGCCCACUCUACCUUUGCGAAGAAGAGCAAAAAGCCAAAUUGAGAUAGAUCAGGACGGCGUGAUGUUCGUCGAUGGUGUAGAGUUCGUGAACGUCAUCAGUUUCAAGGCACGGAUCGAGGCUAGCAGUGCUCCAGAUCAGAGACGAGAGAGGGCAGAUAGUGGGCUCGGCAUGGAAGUUGAGAGGCGGAACCACAAAGGAGCUGGAGGAAACCAAAUACAACCAGAGGUCCCAGAAAACAAGAAGUAUUCAGUGUUGACUACCCUCCCGGAAAUCGCUGCUAUGACUCGAUAA